AAGGUUUUCGUCCACCGGUAAAGGUUACCUGACAGCGAUUGGUCGUUCUUAUCUCCCGGUUGUGUCCUUAUUUUUCGUCUCUGUGCAAGCAAUCCCUCUGGCCGUUCUUUCGCCUCAGAUAUAAAGUGAGGAUAAAAGACAAGUUGCCAACAUUUGCAUUAAUUUUUGAAAGUACCUUGUGAUUGAGGCUUGCGCAUUAGGUCAUAGAGACGCUAGGAUAGAAGAGCUACUGCGAGGUAUGUGAGCGUUGCCCUUUUUCAAGAUGGCGGAGAGGGGUACUAUUUCCCUUUUCCCACUGCGUAGCGAUCCUUGACUCUAAGAUGGUGGUGGACGGGCGGCAGGCGACUGGCGUCCUUGAUUCGGUUAGUUUCGAGGCCCUAAGGCAGGUCUUAGGGGCGAAGGGCAGGCACGAUAAGAGCUGGUCAGGCGACGGGUAUAGAUUCUGGCCGGCUUUCGAGGAACGUUUGGAGCCUGGGUCUCUGGCGGCCUAGUCUGUAGGGUGGGGAGGGAGGACGGCGCCCCACCCACCCCAGUCCACCUUCACGGACCUGUGUUGUUUUCGCUAGCUGAGGUUGUUUUCUGGCGUUAUUUUCUAAGGUGAGAGUAAGGCUGGGGUGUGUGAAGGCUGGAUCGCUAUGCCCAUUUUGCCCAUGACAUACUGGCAGGCAAUAAUAUGCGUGCAUUUAUAUAGAUUUUUCUGUCAGACCAAGGAUUUUAGAUCCCUCCGUGGUUCUCCUACGCGUUUUUAAAGCGCAGCGUUUUCUUAGCUAACAGCCCCCCCUCCCUUUUAUGAUCAUAUUUUACUUCCUCUGAUUGGCCUCCGUAAACCAAUUUUGCUAGAUGCUAGGAAGGAAAGCGUUCUCCAUUAUGGUUGGUCCGCUGGUGUAUUCAGAUGCAUUUAAAAGAAAGACGGGAUUUCAGAAUUUAUGAACGUUCUUGAAGUCUCUACAACUAAAUUUGUUGAUUCAGCAUCUCAUCACAUUUUAAAAGCUAAGUGAACACACAAAUUUGUAAACAUUCCGUGUAUGCUGUCUGAUGCUACCUCUUGGAUACUUCCACUCUGCAGUCAGUCUUUUGAAGUAAAGUGAAUCUGGAAAGAAACAAUGGCAGCUUUGGAUACUAAAGCAAAAGCAAAGAAAACUCUGGGAACUGUUGAUUAUGUGGAGUCAUCGGAAUUUGCACAAGGAAUUCUGCCUACAAAGAAGGAUGUCAUCCAAAAUAUGUUAUAUCUGUUGCACCCAAAAAGAGCUGGGCAGGCCCAGAGAUCCAAAGAAGAUGCUGCCCAAUUGCUUGCUGAACUUCUGCAGGAACACUGGUUAUUUUGCAAUUUGUACACCAUAGCAACACAUAACAUUAAAAAUCAUAUACUUAAGGUAUAUGAGGAAUUCUCCAAGUUGUAUCAGUCCAGAAAGCGAAGAAAAAAUGAGCUGUUUACACAGAAAGCGGAUGACUUCAACAGGAGCUCAGAACAGCUUUUUGAUAUAUUUUGUACAGAUACAGUUACAAGAGAGAAACUGGAACAAUACAGUGGUGUGAAGAUGACAGACACUGAGUGGAAAUUUCUUGAAGAUCAAAGAAGUGAAAGAAAAAUGUACUUUGAGGACUUCAUGGAUAAGAAGCAGAUGGAAACAUUAGAAAGACGAAGAAAAGUGCAGUCACUGGAACAUUUCAGGAAGAUUGCAGAAGAAGAGAAAGAAACUUGUAAGCGUAAAGGAAUGGAUUCCAAUACAGAUGAACAGCCAGAUGAAGAAGUCAGUGAUAGGAAUAAAGAUGACUCUUGUCUUGAACACAGCAAGGGAGUUGCAGACUUUUCACAUAAGGCAAAAAGGAAGCGUCUAUCUUCUGGCUGGAUUACGGGGACUCCAACUUCAACUAGCUAUGGCGAGACAGUUCCUCAUGAAUGUCAGCAUAUACGUAUGAGCAUCAGAAAAGUCAGACCAGGGUUCUAUGAGACUUUUGACAAAUAUGAAAAUUGCUAAAUUCACAUGUGAAUUGCUAGUGGAGGUUGCUUCUGUUGAAGUUGAAAAGAGUUUGGAGAGGUCUUAAAAUAGCCUGAUCAAUUGGAAGUUGAUGUAGAUAUUAUGUUGGGCUCCAUAAAUGUACAGCAACAGCACCAAAGCUAUGACACCAGUAGAACAUGGCUUUUAGCUUACUGAGAAGGUUAAAAUGUGAUUUGUUUUGGCCUGUAUCAGUAUCUUCACAGCUUAAAAGUGCUAGAUAUUAAAAGGCUGUAGCAUAGCAGAGGAAGACAGAAUUAGUUUGGAAAUGCACAUUAAUGCUAAUUUACAUGAGGUUAAUUUAACUACAGGAUCAAGCUAUCUGGAAAGAUGGGGCAUUCACAAUCACUUGCAGCCCUGAUUCUAAAAAACCUUUUUUACCCAGGUGUAGUACAGAAGUCUGCUAAAAGAGGAAGUGCAAGACAGUAGGCAUGUUGUCCAUUCCAUCCUCAGUGUCUCCAAGACUGGAAGACUGUGAUCAGUUCAGGAAAAAAAAUGGUCACCAAUCAGAUGGUUACUAAAAGGAGACUGUUAUCUUAAUGCAGGAUCUUUCUGAGGCUCUUAGUAGUCUGUUGGCUCUUUAGGUGUUCCAAUAGAGCAUACACCCCCAUUGUGAAAUUGUAAUUGGUUCUGUAAUUCAGAAGUGCUCUAGUUUCUUGCAAAAAGCCCUCAAUCCAUAAGUGAUUUUAAGAAACUGAGUAUCUGCAGUUUACAAUUCUGUGAGAUUUGAAAAGGUUUGGCACCUUUGAAGACUACAUGUUUACUGAAGGAGAUAAAUUGAUUGCUUGGCCUGCCUUUGCAGAUACCUAGUUCAAAAGAGACUUGUGAAGUUCUGAGAAAAUUGGUUUGUUGGAAAGAAAAGAAAGAUCAGGAAAUGUACACAAUGGCUUUAGAUAUAAAUGUGAUAACAACUAUCUAUCUUCUGCAUUCUUAGCAAUUAAAUAUCAUUGAUGGUGAGAAGGAUUGUGAUGAAGUAGAAUUUGUAAUCAGAUACAUGAGACUUUCAUAUGUAUAAGAAAUGGAACAUAACACAGAAUGGGAGUGCAUAAAGACUAUGAAUUCCAAAUGUAGUGGUAAUACAAUUGUAAUAUUCAUUGAACCAGGAAGUUGUUUUUAAAGCCUAGAAAGAGAUUGUAGUAGUAUGUUGUAUACAUUUUUGUUUCCAGUUCAGCACUAAGCAUAAGUCCUGUUUUCUUGCCUUCUGGCUCUUUUUUUUUGAUAAGGCAGGUUGAAAUACAAACAUACUAUAUGCAUGGUGGUAUGUGCCCCUGUUACAUGAUUUGGUGGGUGACAUGAGCAGAAACGCACAUGCAUAUGUUCCAUUUGUAUAAUCUUACCUCAAACAAAAAAGAUCUGAGAAAUUCAGCAAUAUGCAUAUCCUCCAUAAAUAGUUUUUAUGGGUAAAUGUUUCUGAUGUACAGAAAGAUGUACAAUAUUGUCAGAGUGGAGAUUUAUGGAACCAUGGUUCACAGAUGUAUGUAUAGUACUUGAUGGUUCUCAGCUGGAUAUGAACUGUCUCUAUUAAACAAUGUGUUUGAGUUGA